UCAGCAUUUUCGGCGCAUCUAUGGCGAACGAAAUUUAAUUGAUUAAUUUGACUUUUGAUGACACAGUAUAGUGGAACUAGCUCACACAAAUAGCUUAAAUUAGCAGGGCUGCACACUCCGAAAAAAAAUAACAACAAAUUUUUAUUUCUAUUUACGUGUCCGUGGCUCUUAGCACCUUACUUACCUUUGCAUGUUUGUUUAUUAUAAAUUACUGUUCUAAAAUGCCUGCCCAAUUGACUGAUAUGGAGCUGCGUAUUGUCCGGCGCCUGAAUGAGGAGAUUGGCAAGGACGUAAAUCGACUAAAUCGAGCAGCCCACCUCAGGGAUCACUAUAAGGAUCAAAUAAUCAAUCUUUACCAGACUCUUAACUAUGGAGAUCCUCAGAAUGUGUCCUGCUACAAAUCAGCCUUCCAGUGCCAGCAACAGGUGUGCGAGAGUAUCGACUUUGAGCUGGAGAAGCUCAGCCAAUUCGAAGCCAAAUUGAAGCAAAAACUGAAGGAUUGGCAACCCGCUUUAGAUGGCGUGGCGGAGGAUUUGCAACAAGUGCGACAACUGCAACGUCUGACGCAAUAUUUACGUAUAGUUCAAGAUAUACAAGAAAUCAGUUCUGCUCUGGCAAGCAGCAUCAAUGGCAAGGAUGAGGCUAAAUUGGUUAACAUCUAUCUGACUCUUUACGAGAGCAACGAUUGCGAGCAUAGUGUGGUUGGACGUCUUCAUGCUGUGCAAGCUCAGUACUUGAAAUCCUUUGCCGAACGUACUGCCAUCUAUUGGCAUAAGUUGCUAUUGAACCGUUUAUCCACCGAGUUCGAAGCAGUACUGAAAGCCAUGCGAUGGGCCCAUGCAGAGCAGCAACCACUGAACUAUUCCCCCGGCCGAGACACGGCGAAGGCUCAACUAUUGGCUGAGUACAUGUUUCUAAUCAAAUCGCCAGCCGAAGAGCAUAUCUCUCUGACGGCUAUAACACCGAGUAUACUCUGCCCGCCCAUAAACCAAGUGGUACAACUUCUAUUGGCACCGUAUCGUCAGCGAUUUAUGUACCAUUUUACUGGAGCUCGACAAACCAAUCGUCUGGACAAGCCCGAAUGGUUCUAUACCCAAAUUCUCAAUUGGGGCAAAGAGACGCAUUUGUUUGUUGGUCAAACAUUCCAAAUGUCCGCCACAAAGGCUGGCAAAUUGGACUAUAAUUUAAGAUUGGAAUUUAUGCGCGGCUUAGUCCAAUUGAGCAUAGAGAAACUAGCCUUGGAUAUGGAGCAAAUAGUGCAGGAGCAACAUCUCUUUACACAUCUGCUAGAUGAAACUUUGGCCUUUGAGGUGGAAUUGCGUGAGACUUUUGGUUAUCCAUCAAGCUUUCCCAGCGCCAUUUCUGUCAUCACACAGCCCAUGUAUCUCCUGAAAUGGAUAGCUUUAGAAGAGCAAUUUUGCGCUGAGAAAAUGGAUUACAUACUGCAGGCGGAAUGCCCCUUUGAAUUGAUUGAUCCAAAUACCUAUGAGGAUGACCUCAAAAUACCCAGAUGUGCUGAUCAAUUCAUGCGUCUUUUGGAGGCCAUCAAGGAUCGUUAUAGUGCUUUGAUACAACCAGGACAUCAGCUGCAGUUCCUGCAUUUACAAUUGGAGCUCAUCGACAGCUUUCGUCGGCGCUUAGUCCAACUGCAUAGCAGUGGCGCUGUUGGCAGCAUCCCAAUCUUGAAUGCCAUCAACUAUAUUAUAAUGGUCCUACGUGAGUGGGGUGAAAAUGUUCACUAUUUGCAUUUACAUGCGGCAUUGGCUGGUCCAAAUGCCUCUGAAAUCAAUUCCGUAUUUGAGCAUGCUGUCGCUGAAUUGGAGCAUUGGUCCCACCAGCUUAUAAAAACUUUAGCCAGUAAAGCAGUCAACGAAAUGAAAUCCAAGUCGAUGGCAUAUCGUCACGAUUCGUGGCCGUCGAUGCCCGAACAGUCGGGCAAAGAACCCUUCAUUCUUUCACCAAGUGGUGGUGAAAUGUUUCAGGUUCUGGUCACUCUUCUACAUAAUUUAGAGCGUGAUCUAUCCGCCAAUUUGUUUAAUCAGACGUUGCGUCUAAUGGCUCAGCAAAUCGAUGAGUUUAUGCUAGAGAGUAUGAUUAUGAAUACCAAAUUUUCGCCAUCUGGAGCGGCACAAUUCAAUUAUGAUAUGACUAGGAAUCUGUUUGCUCUCUUUGGCCAAUACACCAGGCGGCCGGAAUUGCUAUUCAAGAGAAUCCAUGAUUCAACUAAAUUGCUAAUUGCAAGCCGAGGCACAGCUUUGCUUUUAUUGGAAACAAUGCGCAGUCAUCAACCGGUUGAAGAGAAAGCAAAACCUUUAAGGGAGCUACAAAUUCUAAGCUUGGAUAGUAAACAAUGCAUUGAAGUGCUCGAAAGGCGAAUAGAUAUUAAAAUGUUUUAAAUUAUAUGCAGUUUUAGUUUAAUUAUUAAAGAAAUUAAUGGAAUUUUGUAUGCUUUAUCUAAUAAAGAUAUCAAAAGGUAGAAAUUUUACUACAAAA